UCCGCCAAACCGUUUGUCAGACGCCGAACGCUCACGUCAAUUCAAAAUUUGACGGUUACAAAAGAUUUGAACAGCGUUUGGUGUGUUGAAACGUUGUUCAGUAAUUGUGUUGUUUAUUUAAUUAACUAUACUGUCCUGUGACCUGAAGAAACCGUUAUUGUUUAAGAAGUGGACGGUUGAACUAGUGUUUUUGUAGCAGUUGACUGCAGUGGUAUUUUCCGUUCAAUGAGAUAGUUUGAAGAUUGUGCAUUGCAAACAUGGUGAGAAUGGAUAGAGGCCCUGGGCUGGGCGCAAAUCGAGGCCUACCAGCUAUCGCACCCUCAAAAAGUGGUUCUACACAGAACAUGGCUGCAAACAUAAGAGUUGUUGUGAGAGUUCGACCUUUAAAUGAAAAGGAAAUGGAACUGAACAACCGCAUUGUGGUAGACGUUGUGGAUGACAAAAUGUUGGUGUUUGACCCUAAGGAAGAGGUCCGGCCAUUUUUCUACCAAGGAGUCCAGCAGCCUAAUAAGAACUUUUUGAAGCGCGCUAACAAGGAGUUGAAGUUUGUGUUUGAUAAUGUUUGUGGUCAGAGUGCUACCAACAAAGAUGUAUUUGAGCUGACUACCAAGGAUAUUUUAGCCUCCUUGAUGGAGGGCUACAACUGUUCCGUAUUUGUUUAUGGUGCUACUGGCGCGGGAAAGACCUUCACCAUGAUAGGAAAUAAUGAACAUCCAGGAAUCACAUAUCUGACUAUGGAACAUCUAUUUUACACAAUAAACUCAUUUGAGAAGGACCGGGAGUUUGAUAUUGGUGUUUCAUACAUUGAAGUGUACAAUGAAAAUGUGUAUGACUUACUAAAACCAUCACGGACACCACUACAACUGCGAGAAGACUCCAAGUAUGGUGUUAUGGUUGCCGGCCUCACCUUAAACAGUAUCAAGACAGCAAGAGAGUUGCUCAAUAUGUUGGAGAAUGGCAAUAAGAACAGGACACAGCACCCCACUGAUGCUAAUGCUGAGAGUUCCAGGAGUCAUGCUGUGUUUCAGGUAUAUGUAAAAAUGCGUUACAAGACAAGCAGCCAACUUCGAAUCGUAAAACUCUCUAUGAUAGAUCUCGCGGGUAGCGAGCGCGCCUCCGCCACCGGCUGUGUCGGCGAGAGGUUCAAGGAAGGAGCUAAUAUUAAUAAGAGCUUGCUCUCACUGGGCAACUGUAUCAACAGGCUGGCUGAUGGUGGCAGUUAUAUUCCUUACAGGGAUUCAAAACUAACUAGACUUCUCAAAGACAGUCUAGGUGGUAACUGCAAGACAGUUAUGAUUGCUAAUGUAUCACCGUCAAGCGUGAGCUAUGAAGACACAUACAACACAUUGAAAUACGCUGCUAGGGCUAACAAAAUACAGCUCAGUAUCAAGAAGAAUAUUGUGGAUGGUGAUAUGAGGAUGUCACAAUAUGUUAAAGUUAUUGAAGAGCUGAAGAAAAAGGUCAAAGAGUUGGAGGCUAAGCUGUCCUUGUCUAGCAUGAAGGCUGUUUCUAAGGAGCCAGAUUUGGUGAAGGAGAAAGCGAAACGAGAAUGGCGCAAGCGUAUUCUAGAGGAAGAAGAAGCUCACGCGGAGUUGGAGUGGCAGCUGCUGGGCCUGAUGUCGCGGCAGCGCGUGUUGGCGCUGCGCCAGCGUCUGCGCAAGCGCGCCUUCUCACACGUCGCCGACCUCGCGCAUCGCUCCUCCAGCGAGGCGAUGGAACAGAUACGCACAGAAGAAAUACCUCGUCAAGAACGCGCAGAAGUGAGUUACUUAAAACAAUCUGCGCACUUGGAUUCACAAGUCUUAACUACAUGGACAAAGUGGGACGAAAGCAGGAAAAAACAGCAAAUCAUUUUUGAACAAGCUAUUUCAGACUGCCCGGAAUUGAGCGACUUCGUAGAAAAGAUACAGAUGCAGAGUGAACUACGACAUACUAAGGCUCGAGAUGAAAUGAGGCAAAAACAGUUGUCGAUUGAAAAUGACGAAAUAAAUGCCUUCACUGAGUUCAUGAGCGAUCUACUCUGCCUCUCCAGAAAGAUGUAUUUGACACUGAAAGGCUACGACAAAGUGCCGCCAGCAUUAACAGCCGAAUACUUAGAAAUUAUGAAGAAAGCCAAAUCAGCUAAGGGCAUAACCUGGUCAGACAAAGACAACGAAAAUGACGCACACUUCAAAUUCUUCUCGACGUUAGACCUAAACAAACCUACCACCACUUUAGAAUACAGUUGUAUUAAGAAGGACGAUGUUCCCGAUGUUAAUGCGACUGUCGAUAUCAUAACUGACAGUGAAGACUUGACUGAUGUUGAAAAUAGGGAACCGAUCAGGGUAUCAUCCAAGAAGCGCAAAGGAACACCCAUUAAACUAGCCAACAACGAAACUAUUAUAAUAAACGAUUCCUUCGAGGCUUUAGACACGACGCGAAACCUGAAUUCGGCGAAGAAAAUAAAGAGGGAGUUUGACAUUGCACCGGAUAUAGAAAAUUAUGGUGUUAUUGACCCUAAAGACUUGAACUCGACAUUCGUUUUGACUGGAAAGAUGGAAGCCGUUAAGAACAUUAAGACUGAGACCAAAACGGAACACAAUCCGCCUGUGAAACGAGGUCUUAUGGACAGGACAAAUACUAUUCAGAGGCAUAUCAAUUUUGGUGAUAAAGCUAAGGUAGUGAAACCAGUGGUCGGUAAAGCGCUGCCAUUCCGUCGAGCAGCGCCGCCGCCGAACCCGCCGCAGACGCGGAGCUUCGGCUUCGGAUCCAGUGUGCCCCGAGACCCGCCCGCACAGAGAAACAUACAAGACUCAAUGGCUCGUGGAAAGGCGAAUAUCACUCAAAAAUCAGUCGGUUAUAAAGCAGUGAGGGCGCGGGACAGGGUCCAGGCACAUCCCUACUCGCGGCCGGCAGCACUGCACUCCAGGAAAUGAAACUAUCGACGUAUCGACGAAACUAGGUAGAUAGAAAAAAGGUUGCACUACAAAGGUUUGUUAUAUCAAGUUUUAAUACUUUUAAAUAAGGUUUAUUUUUGAUAAGAGUUGAUUUUUAAUAGUGGCCUUUUAUUUACGAAACGCGAAGCAUUGUAAAUUAAAGUUUUAUUGAAAUAAAAUUGUUCAUUUGCUAGUGAUAUUUCCUGAACCCAGGCUGUUUGGAAUGGGCAAUUACAAUUAAAUUGUUUGAUAAUGACGCAAAUAGUAAUAUGUAAAACGUAAUAACAAUAAUUAUUCACUUAUUAUACGAAAGUUUAAGUUGUUGCUAAGUAGAGUUUGAAACGAAUUUAGUCACGUAAUUUGACCUGUUUAUAUGAAAAUUGAAAAUAAAAAACUAUAUUCAAGAGAAAUUAUGUAUAAGAAACCCCUUUAAUAAUGAUAAUUAAGAAUUUAAUAGGGCUUCCAUUUGUGUAUACCUAUUUUUAUAUACAAAAAUUCGUUACUACACAUUUAAAGCGUUGCUCUGAAAUUGAUAUAAAUUCUUGGUUAACAGAUAAUUUGACAUAUUAUUAAAUUUCAAAUGACCAAUGUUUUUUUAUUGUAAAAAUUUCGAACUAUCUAACUUAUAUUUUAUAAAACGUUUUUUCUCGAAUUACUGAAAACAUUCUGUUUACGUAAUUUUUCUCGACUACAUAGAAAUGCUUCGUUUCCAUAUUUUUAAGUUAACAUAGUUUAUAACACUAGUUUUAAAACUAUUGCUUUAAUA